AUGACUGUCGCAAAUGGAGUCGAUGCAAGUCGGAAGUUAAUAGCUGUAACCGGGCCUACUGGGGUCGGUAAAACGACGUUCAUAAACGCGGUCUGCCGCUCAAACUUGGAAGUCGGGGCGAGCUUGGAAUCAUGCACGAAGGCGGUACAAGUCGCGAACUGCGAGGUCGGCGGAGAGAAGUUCACGCUGAUCGAUACACCUGGAUUCGACGACACCUAUAAGUCUCAGGCAGACAUUUUGAAAGACAUCGCGGACUUUCUCGAACAAACAUACGAGAAGGGCAGGAAGGUGUCUGGAGUCAUAUACAUGCACCGCAUUUCAGACGUGCGCGUCGGCGGGAUCGCCAGAGAGAACUUCCGACUCUUCACCAAAAUUUGCGGCCAGAAGGCUAUGAAGAACGUCCUCAUAUUGACGACGAUGUGGGAGGAGGUUCCUAUCGCCCUCGGUGAAUCUAGAGAGCAAGAGCUCGCAAGAAAUCCGAGGUUUUUCAAGCUGGCUAUCGACGACGGUGCCAGAAUGUGUCGCCUAUUGCAAGACACGAAUCCAGCCUCACAGAUGAUACAGCUGUUCAUGACUUACCUCCCUAAGGUGCUCCAGAUGCAAAGGGAGCUUGUCGAUGAGCACAAACAACUUCCACAAACCGAGGCUGGGACAGAGCUUAGGAGCGAGCUUGACGAACAAGUCGAACGUCAUCGAAUGGAGUUGCAAGGCCUAUAUGCCGAGAUGAGUCAUCUGGUAGCUCAGAGAGAGAACAGUCAUGAAGAGGAGUUGCGAGAACUCAAAAUACAGGUUGAGAUGUUGAAGGGCAGGGUGGCUAUGCUUGAAAGAGAUAAGAGAAAACUCGCGGAGGACGGGAAGAAACCGUCCAGAAGUAUUCGCACAAGGCUGAAACAGUUUUUCCUCAGUCGCUCAGCGGAUUCAUUGGUCGUAGAAAAGAUGAGGAACGGGACUGGGUGCUUGGAUGCCAAUGGUUUCGUGCUAUAG